AUGUCGCAGAACCUCCCUUUCCCCUUUGCUGGACAACCAGCAGUCGCGACACCACAACAGCACAACACAUCUCAAACACAGGCGCCGACAAUGGCUGCACCACCCGCAGGAAGCGACAUGGCAUCGCUCCUCGCCGGCAUGAACAUUACACCUGAUCAAUUGGCCAAGAUCGCGUAUCUGAUGCAGACUGGACAAUUGACUCUCCCUCCUCCGCCACCUCCGACUCUUCCUGUCGCGACACCCCCUGCUCCUCCAUCGAAUCAGGCACCGCCAGCGCCCGCCGCCGAUCCUCGACUGAACAGACAGGCACCAGCGCGAGAUGUCGAUAUGGACAAGGAAGACGGCGAGGUGGAAGAAGGAGAAGUCGAUGAUAUGCCAGAACCGGUGUCAAGAGAGUUCCUCCGGACGCCGCCCAAGGGUCCGAGAAAGCGUAGUCGUAGUCCGCUGCCACGAUUCAACAAUGCUCAGGACGCGAGACGGCACUCGCAGCAGCAUCAAAGACAGCCAUCGCCACGAGCUGCAAAUGGUAUAUCCCGUACGUCCGCCCUCAACUCAUCCACCAAUGCUACACAUGUUCAGACCAAUGGCGAUGCGGGUGACGCUCGUAAAGCUGCCAGGAACGCGGCUGCCAAGGACAUAGUCUUGAAGUUGCACAACAACGGGUAUUCAUUCGACGAUGUUGCCAAGGCCAUCUCGAACAGAAAGGUACUGCGCAGAGUGUACAACCAGCUUGGCCUACAAGCAGUAUCACCAGAGCCCGCUCCUGGUACCCUACUCACCACGGCCGCUGUCAAGUCGCCAGUCUCCGAACCACAGCGAAAGGCAUCGCAACCAAAGAAAGCUGCGCCCAGCAAGCCUGCAACGGUUGAUCGCAGUGCAUACCUGGCAAAGCUACAAGCAGCCAAGAACAAGAAAGCCGAGCCCACUGCUGCGUCGGCAUCACCUAUUGACAAGCCGCGUCCUUCCAUUCCUACAACAAUCAAGUCUGUAUCCACCGCUGCCGCUGCUACCGUGCCUGCUCUUGCUGAGAAGGUGGCUUCUAAGAACGACCUCAUACGCCAGCGCAUGGCAGCUCUUGCCGCUGAACGUGCUGCAAAAGAGGAGGCAAAGCGUAAGGUAGCAGAAGCUGCUGAGAAUGGCGAAGUCGUGGUGAUCUCAAGUGAUGAGCCUCAGCACAAUGGCACUCAUGACAGCUCGAAGCCUGGUCUGGGCGAUGGACAUGCCGGCAUUCGUGCUUCUGAGGUCGUUUCAGAUCAACACUCUCCCUUGACACCACGAAAUAUCUCAUCAGGAACAUCUUCCCAGGUGCCGAAUGUACCACAACAGCCCUCUACGCAGCAAAUCGCCUCGCCGACCCUCAACCGUGGCUUUGGCCUUCCUGGCCUAUUCACUACCAGCAGUCCACUAUCACCCGCUUCUUUCCUCCAGCAACAAACGGCGGCUUUCGCUCCACCUCCCGGUCCAGCUGUGCAAUCACGUCCUGAUUCCGCGAGUGCAAUCAACCAUACGUCCGCGCAGAAGCGGCCUUAUGGGCAGAUCACCCAUACGUCCGCGCAGAAGCGGCCUUAUGGGCAGAUCAACGAUGAUGGCGAUGAUCGCGUGGUAAUUGUUGAUAGCGACGAAGAUGACAGCGAAGACGAUAUGGACAUUGACGACGACGGCGCGCCUGGUGGCUCUACUGUGAUUACUGGCGGAGCAUCAGCACCUGGGCUACUCAGGGACUUCCCACCGCGGCCUACACUUUCCAAGCUCGCCACAUGUGUGCCGGGUACACCGGGAACUCCAGGGACUCCUAGCCAAGCACAGCUAAAGAUGGACCAAGAAAUUGCCGACAUGAAGCGCAAGAUCGCUGAAGCGGAGAGCAGGAAGCGCCGCAAGACUGGCUCCACUGGACAAGCCCAGCAAGUCAUGACUCCCAGUGCAGAAGUUGUAGCCACUGAAAGAGUACAGUCAACAUCCACGCCAGGUGCAGAGCCAGGCAAACUAUCUCUGAAGGAACAGAGGGAACAAUUGGAGCAGCGAUUGCGGGACCUUCAAUGGCAAGGCAUCGGCACCGGCUUCAUAUCGCCACCCGCACCAGUUACAGCCGGGCCUUCCGAUGUCCAAGGUGUCAACGGAACUCUCGAUGGACGACCAAUCUCUUCUGGGCGCACCUUGCCGAAGACCGCGAGCCAUGUGCCUGCAUUGCUUGACGGCCCCGAGGUUGUUGACGGUGAAGACGGGGACGAUUACGAGCCCGAUUUUGAUCUGGUCCCUACCAGCCCCGACGGCCAGCCUGUCACGGAGGUCGCAUCCGAGACUCAGCUCUCAAACGAUCAGAACCUUACUGUAGGCGCUGCAGUGGGGUCGAACUUGCCCCCAACUCAUGACCUCGACGCAGCCAAUCGACCGCACGAGAGUGAAGAUGUCGCGCAGCCGUCAGGCGAUAUCGAAGAGAACGAUGAAGACAUAGACGACGACGACGACGACGACUUGGACGAUAUAUAUGCCGAUGCAGCCGACUUGAACACCAUGAACGAGGUGCGACACCCCGCCCCCACGACCAUCCCUGCGCCAGACUACGAUCAGGACGACACUGAUGAUGCUAUGGACACAUCGGGCGACUCGACCGAAGCGGAGCCUGACGGACACGAAUCAGAAGAAGAGUACGAACCAGAGUUUGACACUGCGACAUCGAGGAGUGCACAGGAGCGCCAGACAACCUCGUCUGAGCUUAACCAAGGAGCAGACCUGCAGAUGCGUAUGGAGGCAGACCAGAGUCCACGUGAAGCCAGUGAAGACGACAGCUCGUCAGCAGCCUCGUCACCUACGGGCGAUGCUGCCGAUGGCUUCUCGUCGGAGCGGACUAAUGAUACCACAGCAGAACCGGCGGCUGGCACGAUUGCCAAUAUCAUCGCACCCGAGCUCCAGUCCGUCGUGGAGGAGCCGGUCGUGCCACGUACAGAGCCAUCACAUCCGACGACGUCCUUCAAGUCGUACGAGAGCCCACUAGUCCGCUUCAAGGACUUCCGAUACCAUCCCGAAUUCGCGAAGACCGUCUCGGGCGGUCACAGAUCCCUGACAUACAGCAACAGCAUUGAUGCGAUGAAGGUGCUCUGCCCCUUCGAGGCAGCUGGUCAAGAGUGCAAGGAUCCCUCCUGUAUCCAUCAGCACUUCAAGGAUAUGAACCUUUCUGACAACGACCUCCUUCGGCUCAUAGGCGCAGAUCGCACUCCAGCCCGCACGCCAGAAGAGAGCCAGAGGUGGAAGAACGGACUGACGGCCGUCGUUCAGAGCCUGCGAGCGACUAACGUUGGUAAGGACGUGGAGUGCAUCGCCACUCGCAUCGCCGAAUAUCGUCGGGAGUUCCUUGGUGAUCCCACGCAGACCAUCUUGCUCAAGUGA